AUGGCCACUCUUUCUGAGCAACCCGUGUUCAAAGAGCUGAGCACUCUUCUUGUCAAACUUUCUGUCUCUGAUGAUGAUCCGAACUAUCCUAACUUUAAAAAAUGCCAGGCUGCCAAUUGCAAUACUGGCACUAAGCUAAAGGAACCAGGAGCCAAGGAGAUAUGGGAUGAAAUGAUGAAAAAGGAAACACUGUCGAACGAGGUCGAGUUCUAUUCAAAGGUUAAAAAGUUUCUCCCGUCGGUUCACUGCAAGAGGCAUAAUGAGGGUAAUUUCCUUGAAGAUUGCUUUGGCAACUGGGAAAGGUCCCGAACUGAGAAGUCAGGUUACGCUUCAUCUGAAGUGUCACUACCUAGUACACCGACUCAGAAUCAAGUCUUCGAAUCGCCUACUGUUGAAUACGGUACACCUCUCUCAAGUCCUCUUGUCGAAGAUGGCACACCAACAACCUCAGAAAAAAGUCCGGCUUCCAGCUUUGACAGUUUCAUCCUGAGCACCCCCAGCAGGCUGAAUCAUCACAGCCCUCUCCCUUCGAUUGAAGAUAUGUCAACAUCUAACGAGAGCCCGAGAUAUAAUCCCCCAUUGGCACUCGGCAUUGAUUCGAUUUCUGGCAGGUCUAUUGAUGUUGGCCAGCAAGAUAACAAGGUGGACGACAUAUCACCCAAAGAACCUCCAAAGUCGCUCCCUAUUCAUUCCAGGCAAGACGUUGCUGCGGAACAACCCGAUAUGGUGGAAUCCAUCGUGGACGAUACAUUUAUACUGGAGAAUGACUCAGAUGAUGAGCCACGACUUGCCCACCCCCAGUUUAGUGAACUUGGGUUAAAGAGGAACGGAACCUUGAGCGAUAAAGCCGCCAUCAUCAUGGAAUUAACGAAGCCUCUCACGCAUGCACAGGCAGGAAAGGGCAAGAUGUAUGUCCUGAAGCACAAGGAAGAAAAGGAUCUGUUCAAGAUUGGAUGGACCGCUACUACUGUCAACACAAGUUUAUCAAGGCCCAACAACUGCUAUGGCGCAUCAUGCGAGACUAUGCCCAUCUAUGAGUCUCCUCAUUUAUUCAACGGUGCUCCCAAAGCCCAUAGACUUGUGCACUUGUUUCUCAGUGGCAUCAAUGUACGGGUCAAAAAGUGUAGAAAGUGCGGCAAAGGGCACAAAGAUUGGUUCGAAGGAAGUGAAGAGGCUAUCGUGAACACAGUCAAAGUCAUGGAGGGCUUUUUACUCGGGCCUGCUUACGAGUUGAAGGAGAAGGGAGAGCUAACCAACGAAGGGAAAGCCAGGGUGAAGAACAUGUGUAAUGUCACCCUCGAGUCAUUCCAAAGGAAUCAAGAGUAUUGUGGAGUCCCAGGCCAUAUCACGGACGCCGAAUCUUGGACGUUUCCACAUACUGUGGUACCUGAAGCUGCGGUUAAUGUACAAUCACGACAGGCUUUAGUUAACGAGUCGUCAAGCCAGCCAGAAGCACUCGCCGCAUCCGCAGAUGCUUCUAAGGGACUGGAACCACCCUCGGAGGCGAACAAAGGUGGACUCCGCAACAAAUUCAAAGAACUUUAUGGUACCGUGAAGGACAAACUCUCCAAGUUUUCAGCCGCUGAUGAUGAAUUUCCCUUUGCACUUCUCGGCGCCCUCGACCAAGAUAGUGACAACACUGAGAAACCUCGCGGAUAG